GCAGCAGAUGGGGCGGAUUCAAAAUUUAAAAUUUAUACAUUUUUAUAGUGAUUUUAAGAUAAUAUAUAAUAACAACUGAAUUCACAGUUGAAUAUUCAUAGAUAUUUAGUAAGUCUGUUACUUUACUAGAUCCGCCAAUUCCAAACUUUGAGAGGUGUACAUAAACUUCCUUCAAGAAUAUUACUACUAAAAUCCUGAAUUAAAUAGAAAUUCAGAAACAAAGAUGACAGUAGAAAGAAAACAGUGUGUAGUACUAGUGCCAUACCCAUUCCAGGGGCAUUUAACACCAAUGUUGCAGCUUGGAAGUAUCCUUUGUUCACAAGGUUUUUCUGUCAAAGUUGCACAUACUAAAUACAAUGCUCCUAAUUAUUCCAACCAUCUUGAAUUUGUCUUCCAUUCUAUGGAUGAUGGAUUGCAGGGAAUUGACAUGUCAUUCCCGAGUUUAGAGAACAUAUAUUGUAUGAAUGAGAACUGCAAGGCGCCCUUGAGAAAUUACCUUGUUGGGAUGAUGGAACAGGAAAAGGAUAUGCAAGGUGAUCAGCUUGCUUGUAUCAUUUAUGACAACGUCAUGUUCUUCGUUGAUGAUGUAGCUGUUCAGUUGAGGCUUCCCAGUAUUGUUCUUCGUACUUUUAGUGCUGCAUAUUUGCACUCUAUGAUCACCAUUCUUCAGCAACCAGAAAAAUAUUUUCCUUUUGAAGAUUCUCAGCUGCUGGAUCCGUUACCGGAGCUUCAUCCCCUCAGGUUCAAGGAUGUACCAUUUUCUGUCGUCAAUAAUACAGUUCCAGAACCGAUUCUAGACUUCUGUAGAGUAAUGAUCGAUACAGGAUCAUCUGUUGCGACUGUUUGUAAUACGAUGCAAGACUUGGAGAAUUCAUUGUUGUUACGCCUUCAAGAACAUUACAAGGUGCCCUUCUUUCCAAUAGGCCCUCUUCACAAAAUGGCGCCUAUGACCUUGUCGACUAGCAUACUAGAAGAAGACAACAGCUGCAUCGAGUGGCUCGACAGACAAGCUCCUAACUCUGUUCUCUAUGUCAGCUUGGGUAGCCUAGCGAGGAUUGAUGACACAGAGCUAAUUGAGACUGCUUGGGGAUUAGCCAACAGUGAUCAACCGUUCUUGUGGGUUAUUAGACCUGGCUCUGUCUCUGGCUUUCAAUGUGCUGAGGCACUGCCCGAUUAUUAUGAGAAAAUGGUAGGAGAAAGAGGCCGAAUAGUGAAAUGGGCACCGCAAAAACAGGUACUUGCACAUCCCGCGGUCGCAGGCUUUUUCACGCAUUGUGGUUGGAAUUCCACGCUUGAAGCUAUUUUGGAAGAAGUCCCUCUGUUGUGCAGGCCUAUUCUAGGUGACCAACCAGUGAACGCGAGGUAUCUGAGCCAAAUAUAUAAGGUUGGGUUCGAAUUGGAGGUGUUCGAGAGAACAAUUAUAGAGAAAACAGUAAGAAAACUCAUGUUGAGUGAAGAAGGCAAAGAUCUGAAGAAAAGGAUAAUAGACAUGAAACAAAGCAUAGUUGCUGGUAUGCAGACUGAUGGUACUUCACAUAAGAACCUGAAUGAUUUGGUAGACUUCAUUUCUGCCUUGCCAUCACGGCUCGCUCCUCCAACGCCUGUCGUUGGGACAGUCAUGAGCUCAAGCCAUAUAGCAAGCAAGUGUAUCAUAGAGUCCUGAAUUUAUAAGAAUUACAUUCUUAUAGCAUCCUAGCUUGGCAAGACAGCAAGUCCUUAAUCACAAAAGGAAGAAUAAGAUGAGAACUAGAUUUUCUUAAUCAAGGCCAUGGGGCAAAUGGUGAAGCAAUUUAGUUUGCAGCAUGUUACUUGCCUUGUCAAUUACUUUCUCACUUUAAUUAGUUUGUUGAUUGGCUUAAUAAGCUGGGAGCUUUGACAAA